CGACCUCUCGACGAUAUGGUGACGGUCGUGGACGUGGGCGAAAUUCCUCUGCACGCAAAGCAUGUCCCGACGAAUGAGCUACCGAAGGACCACGCCGUCGGGCCGCUGGUGACCUUGCGCCACGCGAACGUCAACAUCCUUGAGCUCCAGGAACGACUGCGGCUCCUUGAACAAACCAUGGGCAUUUGGGAUCCCGCGAACCAAGUGGGCAACGUCCCCAUCCGACGCGCUGGCCACGAUGUGUGGGGCAUCGACAAGAUCAUGCUUGUGUUCUGCGACGACUACAUGAAGAACGUGUACGAGUUUCCGUGGCUCGCGACCUGGAUCGACGUGUUGCAACCGCUGUUCGACUUGCUCAACGUUCCGCUGAAUCGGGUGAUGCGUUGUUUGCUGGCCCGUAUGCCUGCCGAUUCUGACAUCCCAGUGCACAACGAUACAGGGUUUUGGGUCGACAAGUGCCAUCGCAUUCACGUGCCUGUAUUCACUGACCCGGCCGUGGAAUUCCAAGUUGGCCGAGACGAAACUUCCAUGCUGGCGUACGAUUUUGCAGAAGGCAACAUCUACGAGUUAAACAAUGCUUCCAAGCACAAAGUGCACAACUACUGGUCACACCCCCGUGUGCACCUGAUCUUCGACUACGUCGACGCCGCGUACCCGCUAGCUUCGACCCCUCGAAUCCAUCUGACGCCAGACAUGGUACUCCAUCAGACGCGGCGCAGCGUGGACGUGUCGACGCUCCAUGGCUCGCGCGUGCCGCCUUCAUUUGUCGUCAUCGGGGCUCAAAAGGCAGGCACAACCUCCUUGUACGACUACAUCACCCAGCACGACCUGGCCAUUCCUUCCAUUCGCAAGGAAACGCACUACUUGGACUGGCGGUGGGAUGCGUCGCUUCCGCCUCUGGACGACCCGAACGGCGUGGCCAAGCACAAGGCCAUGUACCUCCGCUACUUCCGUACCGACAUCUUGCUGCCCAACCCGUCGAUUCAAAGCGGGGAAGCCACGCCCAGCUAUUUGCUUGGCGGGUCGAUCGUCAUUGACCGAUUCAAGGCGUUGAUGGACGACCAAUGCAAGAUCCUCGCGAUUCUGCGAAACCCAGUCGACCGCGCGUUUUCGCACUACAAUAUGACUGCAGACACCCAGGGCAACCCCGAGCAGCUUCGAAACCGGGGGCAUGCGGCGCUGGCAGGUCGAUCGUUUGACGAGAUUGUCAAGGCGGAAAUUGCCGAACUGGAAGCGCUGGGUAUCCACCCAGACAUGAGCUUUGACGCGUUCGACGACGUAUUUUUGAAAAGCCGAGUGAACUUUACCCAUGGCGGCCAUUCGUUUGUUGGCCGUGGGCUGUAUGCGUUGCAGUUGGCAGGGUGGUAUCAAGCGUUCCCGUCGAGUCGAAUCCACGUCGUCAACAUGGACGACAUGAAGACCCCCACGGGGUUGCAGAACGUGAUGGACACUGUGUUUUCGUUCCUGGACCUUCCUCCAUAUGCAAUUCAAGAUACCAGCGCCAAGAACACUCGUGCGUACGCUGCUCCGUUGAAUGCCGACACUCGGCAACGACUCGAAAUGUUUUACGCCCCGUUCAAUGCCAAGCUCAAGACGCUUCUCGAGGGUAGCAGCACCACGUCGUUCUCGUGGGCUGUAUGACUUUUCUGUUGACGGAACGAGCCUAUGUAUGCCAUACUACUGUAUUGAUCCUCUCUCAAGGUUUGAUUGUUGUCCAGUAAACACACCAACAACAACAUGAACCUAUAAACAGUCGUCAGUGUGUGGGAUUGCCCUCCAGUGUGAUAUUCCAAAUGUUUUCCAAGCCACGGUACACUGAUACGAAUUCAAAAACAAAAAUAGUGUUUGUCUACUACUAUCAGUGGUACUGCGAUAUCCUCGUACUAUAAUAUAUAUAUAUAUAUAUAU